AUGGAGACAACAGAGAUUCUCUCUCUCGUCUCCAGCUUGAUAGAUAGAAGGGUCGUCCCACGUGCGCCGCCUCUGUGUAUAGACCAAGGCCAAAGGAAACACAGGAGGAAAGGAUCUCCACAUAGAAUUAAACAAGAACAAUGUUAGCGCUAGCAUUGAUGAUGUUGUGUGUAGUGAGUACGCAGGCAUUGGACAAUGGCCUAGCAAGGACACCUCCUAUGGGAUGGUUGAUCUGGGAACGAUUCAGAUGCAAUAUUGACUGUGAUAAAGACCCCAAGAACUGCGUCAGUGAGACCCUGAUGAAGGAAAUGGCACAGCAUAUAAUAACGGAUGGGUACAAGGAUGCUGGGUACGAGUACGUCAAUCUGGAUGAUUGUUGGAUGUCGAAAGAACGUGAUUCUCAAGGAAGACUUCAAGGAGAUCCAGUACGCUUCCCGAGUGGAAUCAAAGCUCUGGCUGAUUAUAUGCAUAGCGGAGGUUUGAAGCUUGGAAUCUAUGAAGAUUAUGGAACUCAGACCUGUGGUUUAUACCCAGGGAGUCUUGGUUACUUGGAGCUAGAUGCACAGACGUUUGCAGAGUGGGGCAUUGAUAUGUUGAAGAUGGAUGGAUGCCAUUCAAAUGUCUCAACCAUGAAGAAAGGUUAUCCUGAGAUGACAAAAUACCUCAACGCUACCGGCCGACCAAUCCUCUUCUCCUGCAGCUGGCCUGACUAUGAACGCGGACGUGGAAUUAAGAUAAACUACACUCUUGUUGCUGAGAACUGUAACAUCUGGAGAAACUACAACGAUAUUCAAGAUUCUUGGACUUCCAUUCUCGGAAUCAUUGAUUAUUACGCAUCACAACAAGACACAUUGGUCAAAGCUGCAGGACCGGGUCACUUCAAUGAUCCUGAUAUGCUUAUUGUAGGUGACUUCUCAUUGAGCAUAGAUCAAGCUAAAACACAGUUUGCCAUGUGGGCUAUCAUGGCUGCUCCACUGCUCAUGUCUAAUGACCUUCGAACUAUUGACCCCGUAUACCGUGCCAUCCUACUCAAUAAAGAAGUCAUUAAGGUCAACCAAGAUCCCCUGGGGAUGAUGGGAAAGCGUGUCUUAAAGUUGGCAGAUGGUCUGGAGGUCUGGACACGGCCUCUGCAAGGCAAAUCUUACGCCAUGGUGAUAAUGAGUCGAAGCACCCGGCAACCGGUCCAUUUGAACACCACCCUAGCUGUACUUGGAUUCACGCAGAGUGCAGGUUUUAAUAUAACAGAGUUAUGGGAAGGUAAAGCACUGGGACAUUUCAAUCCAAAUGACUUGUUACCUUUUGUUAUCAAUCCGAAUGGAGCUGAAAUCGUUCGUUUGACGCCAUGAUCUCAGUCAUUAGUAAUGACAGUUAGUUAAUAAUAAUACCGGAGUCUUUCUUUCUAAUGGUCGUAUAACACAGGCAUGGAACUUCUCAGCUAAUCAGCUCUUUUUCUUUUCAAAACAGUGCCAUAGAAAACUGAAAUACACUGUACAAAAGUUAAGUGUGGUCGGCAAUUUCCUGUUUUAUAGAAAGUUCCAUGUCUGAUAACACACUCAUGGCGCUGGAACUAAAACAAACAUCUUAAGACAGGUUUUUCAAAUGUUUGAAUUAUGCAACUACUUUCUGAAGCAUCUUAUAAAGGUUUACAAGUUGCUGUGUGGAUUUAGCAGCCACUGCCAGAAAUAUUUGGGCAAACCCUUUUGUUAGCGAAAAGUGUAACUGGGUUCUUUGAUGUGCGUUGCACAGCGCAUGGAACCUACAGCGGAGCGUUCCAAAGACUGAGCAAUAAUGGUUUAAAGUGCCUUGCAAUACUGACACAAGGUGUCAAAGCUGGGAAUAAAACCCAAAGUCUGCUGAUAAGAAACAAGUAGUGCUUGGCUUAAGUCUUGUUUGGGGCAACAGUAUUUAAUUAAAGCCUGACUGCUGCUAAAAACCCGCUAUCAGUCCAUGAAUACUUUCAUCAAUAAAUCAGUCAUUAGUGACAAUUAAUGACCAAAGUUUUAUAAAUUAUUUCCGAUAAAUUGUCUCAAUUCAGUUGGGUGUUAAAUCAAAGGUGUAUUCUAAGAAUAAUUUGGUUAUUUGGUAUUCAUAGUUUGACUUUUUGACUUUUCGAGCAGGGGAAGGGGAGGCCAAUAAUUCAAACUUUGAGAAAAAAAAAAAAAAUAAUAAUAAUAAUUUGAAUCUAACCACUUUCGAUUAGUAAUUUAAUUUUAUUAUUUUCUUUGGUUAUAAGGUAAAACUUAUCCAGUCAUUUCAGUGAAAACCUUUUGUAAAAUUGUUUACAAUUUUUACUUUUAUAAGUGUGUUUUUCAAUAAUGAAAUUGAACAUCAAGUUUCAUGAAAUUAAGCACAAUAUUAGAUUUACUCUUAUUGCAUUUACUUUUACUGGAAACAAAUAUAAAUUACUGGUAAAAAAUUA